AUGCAAUAUCAAUCUAGUGAUUUGACAAAGCCAUGGAGUCCUUGGCAACCAUUAUCAUUGGUAAUAAUUGUCUGUGUCGGUAUGAGUAUAAUUGUAGUAGGUUUAGCAGUAGGAUUGGGCUUGGGUAUUGGAUUAAAUAAUAGUAGUCAAGAUUUAACUUUAGUCAUAGUAAGUAGUUUGCAAUCAACGAAUACUAGUACAAGUACGGCAUCAACGACGACAUCAACGACAACAGCAACUACAACAAGGACGACAACAACAACAACUGUGCUGUCAGGAUAA